CUCUAGUACGUAAACAGCAAGAAAUUCUGUUCAAAGCAAUUGCUUAAGACAUGGCUUGCAGUUCUCCAUUUCAGCCUCAGAGUGCCACUGUUGCCCAGCAAAGAACUGCCAUUCCAGGGAUCUUUCAUGCAGUGAAAUUGCUUAUUCACUGAGAAAUAGCAAGACAUAGGGACAGACAAACAUUUAUUUCCGAGAAAAGGAAAUACUGCAAUAUAAAGAACCAAAAACCAUUGACUUACCACUCACUUCAUCAAUAUUUCUGGAUCUUGAUCAGAAUUUAAAAAUCUUCAGCUUAUCUGAGCUCAUCAAACAAUGAUAAAACUGAUCUUCUCAUUGCAUGGAACGGAGGAAAUGAAAAAACACAGCAGCAGAUCUCUACAAAGGCAAGUGAUUCUCUUAUUUUUCUCUUUGUUUUGCAUAGCUGCUCCAGAACAGAUUCAGUAUUCAGUUCCUGAAGAACUGGAAAAGGGCUCCAUUGUGGGAAAUCUUGCCAAAGAUCUGAGACUAAAUACUGAAGAAAUAGCAAGAAGCAAUCUACAUAUACUUUCUUUAGGGGAAAAGCAAUAUUUCAUUAUCAAUAGAAACAAUGGGAAUCUUUAUGUAAAUGACAGGAUUGAUAGAGAGGAAAUAUGUGGGGAAAGUAUAUCUUGCACCAUCAAUUUUGAAGUGAUGGCUGAAAAUCCUAUGAAUAUUUUUCAUAUAAUUGUAGAAGUCCAGGAUGUGAAUGACAAUGCACCACAUUUUUUGAAUGGUGAUAUCAAAUUGGGGAUCAGUGAAUUAACUUUGCCAGGAGCCACAUUUCUCCUUGAGCAAGCUGAGGAUCCUGAUAUUGGGAUGAAUACAAUACAGGAUUACAGCCUCAAUACAAACCAGUACUUUGUUCUAGACAUGACAGAGAGAGAAUCUGGAAAAGCCUAUGUAAAAUUAGUACUGAACAAACAAUUGGAUCAUGAAAGUGAAAGCAAUUUCCAUUUAACUCUUAUGGCUCUGGAUGGAGGGAAGCCACCCAAAACGGGGACAGCCAAAAUAUGGAUUACAGUAAUUGAUGUCAAUGACAACACACCGGUUUUCUCUCAAGAGCUGUACAUGGUGAACCUGAAAGAAAAUACACCACGUGGGUCUCUAGUGGUACAGGUGAAAGCCACAGACAAAGAUGCCGGUUCAAAUGGACAGAUCAGUUAUGGCUUUAGAAACAUCCCUGAACGUGUUCGCCAGAAAUUCAAUUUGGAUUCAAAAGAUGGGAAAAUAACAAUAAAGGAAACUCUGGACUUUGAGGCAUCAGAUAAAUAUCUAGUAGCUGUAGAAGCAAUAGAUGGCGGUGGAUUAGCAGCUCAUGCUAAAGUUGAAAUAAAAGUAUUAGAUGAGAAUGACAAUGCUCCAGAAGUCAUUCUGGCCUCUUUGAACAGCCCAAUACCUGAAGAUUCAGCAACAGGAACUUUGGUAGCACUCAUCAACAUAAAAGAUAAAGAUUCUGGGGAAAAUGGGGAAAUUACUUGCUAUUUAAAAGACAUUUUGCCAUUCAAAGUAGUGUCAACAUCCAAUAACUUCUUCAAGCUUCUUACAGAUGGUCCCUUGGACAGGGAAAGCAACCCAGAAUACAAUAUCACAAUCACAGCAACAGACAAAGGCACACCUCCUCUAUUAACAGAGAAGAUAGUUUCCCUUAAGAUUUCAGAUAUCAAUGACAAUUCUCCUGCCUUUGAAAAAUCUUCUUACAAUGUCUUUGUGCCAGAGAACAAUCCUUCAGGCUCCUCCAUUUUCCAGGUCCAAGCCUCAGAUCCUGAUCUGGAACGCAAUGGCCAUAUCACUUACUCCCUCCUUAGAAGCAACAUUCCAGAAAUGCCUCUCUCGUCUUACCUUUCAAUUAAUUCUGAAAGUGGCAUCAUGUAUGCUCAGCGCUCCUUUGACUAUGAACAGAGCAGAGAAAUUCAAGUAGAAGUGCAGGCGCAAGAUGGUGGCUCUCCAUCCCUCAGCAGCACAGCUAUUGUGAAGAUCUUCAUCCUGGACCAGAAUGACAAGAGCCCUCAAAUUCUUUACCCUUCUCAGGGAAUGGAGGGGUCAGCCUUGUUUGAGAUGGUGCCUCGCUCAGCUGAGGAAGGUUAUCUGGUGACCAAAGUGGUGGCAGUGGAUGCAGACUCUGGGCACAAUGCUUGGCUCUCGUACCAUCUGGUCCAGGCCACUGAGCCAGGGCUCUUCACAAUUGGGACCCAUAAUGGGGAGAUCAGGACCUCACGGACAUUCUUGGAAAGAGAUGCUGUCAAGCAGAGACUGGUGAUUUUAGUGAAGGAUAAUGGCCAGCCACCACUAUCCAGUACUGUGAGUCUUAACCUGGUCUUUGCUGAAAACUUCCAAGAGGCCCUUCCAGAAAUUAACAGCCCAUCCAGAGACCCAGAGUAUCAGUCAGACCUCCAAUUCUACUUGGUUCUUGCCUUGGCUUUAAUUUCCUUUUUAUUCCUACUGACAGUGAUUCUGGCCAUUUUGACAAAGCUUCGAAGAUCAGGGAACCCCAAGUUUUUGCAGUGUUUUGGUCCGGUUCCCCAUUCAAACAAUGCUGUCAUAUUCCCACCAAACUAUGAGGAAGGAACUUUGCCUUACUCCUAUCAGCUGUGUUUAUCUUCAGAAUCUAGGAUACAGGAAUUUACUUUUCCAGCACCAAGUGUUCAAGCUGCAGGGAAUUUUUCAUGUGAUCAGAAUUCUGACAUGCUAAUGACAGCAAAUCAAGAAAAUAUUUUAAAGACAGAGAUGAGUAAUGAUGAUGGGGUGAGUUUCCUCUUACAUCUGCCUAUUUUGUAAUAUGUUAAGAUUGAA